AUGGCUUCUCCAGAGGAACAGGCAGUUGCCUUCAAGAAUGAUGGAAACAAGGCCUUUGCUGCCCACGACUGGCCAACUGCUAUCGAAUUGUACACCAAAGCCAUAGAGCUCAACGACAAAGAGCCAACCUACUUCUCCAAUAGGGCCCAGGCAAACAUCAAGUCCGAGGCAUACGGCUACGCCAUUGCCGACGCUACGAAGGCAAUUGAACUCAAUCCUAACUUAGUCAAGGCUUACUAUCGAAGAGCCGUUGCCUACACAGCCAUUCUCAAGUCGAAGGAAGCUCUUAGGGACUUCAAGACAGUCGUCAGAAAGGCUCCGAACGACAAAGAUGCGAAGCUCAAAUUGGCAGAAUGCGAAAAGAUUGUCAAGAGAGUCGCCUUUCUCGCAGCUAUUGACCCUGGGGAGGAACCGUCUGCAGCCGAAGGCUUGGAUUUAGAAUCGAUUGUGGUCGAGGCAGACUAUGAUGGAGCACGCUUGGAGACAGAGAUGACCGCCGAAUUCAUAAACGACAUGUUAGAACGAUUCAAAACUGGGAAGAGGCUUCACAAGAAAUACGUAUACCAAAUCAUACUGGCGGUUAAGAAAAUUGUUUAUGAUGAAGCAACCAUGGUCGAGAUGGAGAUCGAGGAAGAUGCAAAACUCACUGUCUGCGGAGAUACCCACGGUCAAUUUUUCGAUUUGAUGGAACUGUUUCGACUGAACGGUUUCCCAACCGAAAAGCAUUACUAUCUCUUCAAUGGAGACUUUGUGGACCGGGGCUCUUGGUCUACUGAGAUUGCUCUUCUUUUAUAUGCAUACAAGUGGCUGCGCCCAUCUUCAUUCUUCAUAAAUCGCGGUAACCAUGAGACUGACGACAUGAACCGGGUGUAUGGAUUUGAGGGUGAAUGCAAGGCGAAAUACAAUGAUCGGAUUUUCAGACUCUUUUCCGAAAGUUUCUCAGCAUUGCCGCUUGCAACUCUUGUUGGCAAGAAGUAUCUCGUGCUCCAUGGUGGCCUGUUCUCUGACGACAAGGUUACUCUUGAUGAUAUCCGAAAGCUUAAUAGGCACAAUCAACGCCAGCCCGGCCAAGCAGGUUUGAUGAUGGAGAUGCUAUGGACAGAUCCACAAACGGAGCCUGGCCGUGGACCUAGCAAGCGGGGUGUUGGUAUGCAAUUCGGACCAGAUGUCACCAAGAGAUUCUGCGAGAACAACGGGUUGAGCGCCAUCAUUCGCAGUCAUGAAGUAAGAAUGGAAGGGUACGAGGAAGAGCAUGACGGAAAGUGCAUUACAGUCUUCUCCGCGCCCAGGUACUGCGACAGUACCGAAAACAAGGGUGCGUACAUCAACAUCGGUCCCGAUUACAAACUCGAAUUCCACAAAUUCAAUGCCGUUCCACACCCGAAUGUCAAGCCAAUGGCGUACGCACACAGCAGUCUCAUGUCAGCGAUAUAG